GCGCUCCACAGCCGGUUGUCGAGGCGUGCGGGCAACGAUGGUGCCCGCGUGGUCGCUGUGCAUUUUUCUGUGUCUGGUGGUGCUGCCGGGUCAACUGGAGGCGGCCCAGGUGUUGGGGCUGUUCCAGUCGGUCGGCCGCAGCCAGUGGGGGCUGGCCGAGACCUUCCUGAGGGCGCUGGAGCAGCGGGGCCACUAUGUCACCACCGUCACCACCUUUUCCUCCAGCCGGACGGACGGCAACUGGACAGAGAUACUCGUAGCCAACCCUUACACUGCCGCAGGUGACUUCAACGCCUUCGAAAUACUACCGUCAGGUUUCCUCGGAACGCUGAAGAUAUUUUUUGACUCUGGAGAUGCAAUGUGUCACUCGCUUCUGGGGGACGAAAACGUACAAAAUCUGUACAGAUCUGGAAAGAAGUUCGACGUGGUCGUGCUGGAGCCCUUCUUCACCGAGUGCCUGCUGGUGCUCGCGCACAAGUUCAGAGCGCCCACGGUCGUGCUGUCCACCUUCGCAGGGACGGACUGGAUGGCCGACAUGGUGGGCAACCCAACCCCGUAUGCCUACGUUCCCAAUAUUUUCCUCGAACUUACAACACACAUGAAUUUCCUUGAACGGGUACAGAACACUUUGGCUGGUGUAAUUCCAAGUAUUGUUCGGCAAUUAUACUAUCUGCCAAGGCUUGACGCCAUUGCACAAAUGUACCUGAACGACACGGAAUUGCCCAAGUUAUCAGAGAUCGAAAAGCAAGUAUCUCUUUCAUUAAUUAAUUACCACUUCACGCAUGGAUGUCCAAGACCACUGGUGCCAAACAUGGUGGAAGUUGGAGGUCUGCACAUAAAAUCGCCGAAGGCUCUUCCUGAGGACAUCCAGCGGUUUCUGGACGGCGCGGACGCCGGCGCCGUGUACUUCAGUAUGGGCUCCAACGUGAAGAGCAGGGACUGGCCCGAGGAGAAGCGGCAGGCCUUCCUGAGGGUGUUCUCCAGGCUGGAACAGCGCGUGCUCUGGAAGUGGGAGGCCGACUCGCUGCCAGGCCAGCCGCCAAACGUCAAGACAGGCAAGUGGCUGCCGCAGUCGGACAUCCUCGCCCACAAGAACGUGCGCGCGUUCAUAACGCACGGCGGACUGCUGAGCACGCAGGAGGCGAUGGCGAGGGGCGUGCCGCUGGUGGGCGUGCCCGUCUUCAUGGACCAGAAGCUCAACGUUUUGCUCGCCGCCAAGCAGGGCUACGCCGUCAGGCUGGAGCUCCACAACGUCACCGAGGCCUCCGUAGGGUGGGCGCUCGGCGAGGUGCUCAACGUCCCCAGGUACCGUGAGAGGGCCCAACACCUGUCCCGCAUCUUCAACGACCGGCCGAUUCACCCACUGGACGAGGCGGUCUACUGGACGGAGUACGUGAUCCGCCACCAGGGUGCGCCGCACCUCAGGUCAGCCGCACUGGACCUCUCGUGGUACCAGUACCUGCUGCUAGAUGUCGUCGCUGCGCUGAUGCUCACGCUCCUGGUGGCCAGUUGUGCGAUAAGAGCCGUCAUGCGGCGUCUGUGCAGAAUUACAGCUCAAACUGCAUUCGGAAGAAGAGGAAAAUCGACCAAGAAAGACUAACGCUGUCGUGUUCGUCGCAGGAAUUUUUCCCAGUGUCCGUGUGCUGUAAAUGUGAUGUCGCCUUUGGAGGGUCUUCCAGAGCAGAAGUAUUGGGCAGUUGCUCCGAGUCGCUUAUAGUGCCCUGCAACUAGGCCACCUAGAAACCACACCCUUUCUACGCAAGGAAGUAAGACAGAGCUUGAGUUCUACUCGUAAUGGCACUUCACAAUUUACGUGGAACACAACAAAAUUUCACUCGUUUAUCCGUGUACUAAAAGAACUUUGCAUAAGAUUCCAAUUACCCUGUCCGUAACUAUCUACCUUCAUUAAGGAAUACCUAGUACAGAAAAUCAUCGAUUGCAGCUUUCUUGGUGUAUCCAUGACAAUCGUCGCACUUUUACAGCACUUUCCUUCAUUAUGGAGUGGUUUGUGAGGACACAUACUGCUAGUUAGAAUGAAAAAAAUUUCGAGAGAUUGGAAAAAAAAUCAGCCAACAGCCUGCAAACCAAAGGUUUAUUAAGCCCUUGAUCUAGGUUUAGAUAUUUCUAAAAAUAUCGUCUUCAGAAGGAGUGGGUCUUGUUACAUCGCAUGGUGGUAAAUUACAUUAGCUGAAGCCGAGUGGCUGUUGUCAUAUACGAAAUUGAUAUGAAAACCAGAAAGAUAGUGUGGUGCGGUGAAAAGUGGCAAUUGACCCUGAAUAAAGAAAAGUGUGAAGUUAUUCACAUGAUUCCUUAAAGAAAUCCGCUAAAUUUCGACUACGCGAUAAAUCACACAAAUCUGAAGGCUGUAAAUUCAACUAAAUACUUAGGGAUUACAAUUACAAAUAACCUUAGUUGGAACGAUCACAUAGAUAAUGUUGUGGGUAGAGCAAACGAAAGACUGCGAUUCACUGGCAGAACACUUAGAAGGUGCAACAGGUCUACUAAAGAGACUGUUUGCACCACGCUAGUCACGCUUGUCCACCCUACUCUAGAAUGUUGCUGAGCAGUGUGAGAUACGCAUCAGGUGGGAUUGACAGAUGGGAUCGGCAAAGUUCAAAGAAGGGCAGCUCGUUUUGUAUUAUCGCGAAAUAGGCGAGAUAGUGCCACAGACAUGAUACGUCAAUUGGAGUGGCAAUCAUUAAAACAAAGGCGUUUUCGUUGCGAUGGGAUCUUCUCAUGAAAUUUCAAUCACCAGUUUUCUCCUCCGAUUGCGAAAACCUACAUAGGGAGAAAUGAUCAUCACGAUAAAAUAAGAGAAAUCAGGGCUCGGAAAGGAAAACGUAAGUGCUCGUUUUCCCCGCGCGCCCUUCGAGAGUGGAACGUGUAACUUCCCCCUUCCCUUCUAUCGACAAUGUUAGAAAUAUAUGGCAGUGUAAGCAUGUGCCUAAACAAUUGGAAUAAAAUUUUGAAAAGGCUAUCGUUCCGAAGAUUCAAUAUAAAGUCGAUAAAUGAGGGGGAGGUUAACAACAAGAUUCCUUCUAGGACAACUUAUUCCGCCUACUUAAUUACUGUAAAAUUUAGUAUGAUUGAUCGUAAGAUUUGUGCUAUAAUUCACGUACUGUGCCAACGAAAAGGGGUACCAAGUGGAUCGGAACAGAAUAAUAAGAGUUACUGAAAUAAUUAUAGCUAAAAGAAAUACGGUCGCCAGCCCAAUUGGGCACAAUUUCUGUUCGGUAGGUGAAUUAAUGAGCCGAACAGUCAACGUCAAGAAUUACACGAACACGCGUGGCAACAGAGGGCUGCACGCACGUUAGCAAAAACAAUUGAAACAUUUACGUAGUAAAGGGAGGAAGAAAAUAGUUUGCACUCGAAAUAUAAUUAACUAAUAGAGCUGAAACUUUGAAAACAUACAAGAUAACACUUAGAUUAAUGGUUACUUACUGUUGUAAGUGACAAUGGCGCUACCUCACAAUAACGUCUACUAUUUUCAUAUGAAUUUUGGAAAAUGGCAAAAACACAGGUAAACAGUUUUUAUUAAACUAUGGUAAUUAUUCACUUGCAAAACACCACAAAGCUGAGUAACCCCGUUACAAAACUAGUUGACAAUAAGCUGUGGUGCAGCAGUCUUACUUCAGUCCAUUCUCGCCGUGACGAAGUUGCUGACGACGAUACUGCUGCUGGCUCCUUUCCACGGUAAUUAGCGAGCACGGGAGACACAGGCAAUGAUAUUGGCGUGGCAGGUUCUCCACGUUGCUGCAGCCAAUGUUUCCACCGCCCACGCUCAUCACUUGCCACGUGCCGCUAAACAGUCACUCCUCCAGUACAGUGCACGCCAUCCAUGCGUCCGCACUUCACCAAGUCUCACACCAGAGUUCUCUCUCUCUGUGUAGCGCGCGCUCUGACGUAACAGCCUCCCGCGUCCAGAGACGCCGCUGCUCCAACGAUCCUUAUUCGUUGACAAAAACCUAACGUUUCCCUAACAUCCCCUUAGCGAUUACUCAGCGAUAU